GCUCCAGAAAAUACUCUCUGUGCUGUUGUUGCUGAUGACAAAUUACGCCUCCAAUGUUUUGACUGGUAUAAAUACACACAGAAUUCUGUAUUGGUGUGAGUAGCUCUUGUUUUCCUAUACUAUCUUGCAAUCAAUUGCAAUCAAUUACAACAAUUAAUUAUAACACUCAAUUACAACUAAUCUCAACACUCUAUUUACAAUAAUGUCCUACAAUUACAACCCAUUUGGUGAUAACAUCUUUAGUUAUCCAAAUCUCAAUGCCUAUGGUGAAAACGACAAUGCUUGUGAUUACUUGCCAAUUUCUCUUUGCAACAGACCUGCAAGAAUUAUUCCAUUUACUGAUUCAUCAUUACCAUACAGAACACUGACUCCAAAUCAAAGACCAGCACCAAGACAGAGAUCAAGAUACUAUAACAAAAAUCCCAAUUUAUUUGACAUAUUUUAUAAAGAUGAGCCUAAAUACGAGGAACCAUCAGACUACUUCAACCUUGUCAACUUGAUCAACAAUGAGUACAAAUUCAAAAAACAUAUCAGACAAAAUGAAAGCGCAGAUAACAUCACAUUGGAAUUUGUCAAAGAAUUCAAUCCUAGAUUGGUCAAGUUGAAUUUCAAAGACGAGUUUGAUAAUAAAUUCAAUGACUGGAGAAUCAAAUUAAGCAAAGACAUUGGGCUUAACUACAAUUUCAGAAAUAAUAAUGAUAAUGAUAAUAACAGUAUCUAUGAUUUAACUAUUACAUCUGAGGAAGAUGACAUUGAAAAGCACUACAAACUUGAUAAUAAUAGUUUCAAUGUCGAUGGAAUUAAAUGGAAAAUCAUUAACACCUCAAAUUCAACAAAAUUGAUGUUGAUUAUUCCAAAAAGAUCAGAUGAAAAACCUAAUCAAAAAAAAGUAGUAAAUGAAAAGAAAUUGGCAAAUGAAAUUCAAAAUAAAAUCAACAAAGCACAACAACAAUGGAUAAAUUACUUGCAAACUCAAUCCGAGAAUGAAUUGAAGUCUAAAUUUAAUCAACAUACUAAAGAAGAUCAUGAUCAAGUUAAGAACACUAAUUCUAAUACCGCUGCCACCACUACUACUGCUACUAAUAAUGAUAAUAGUGAUAAUAUUAUAAGAAUUCCAAUCAAUUUUAUUGAAGAAAGCUCAAAACCGGUUGAUGUCAAUGUUUCAAACACAAAGGAUUCAAUCAGUCAAGAUGAAAAAGUUGUUGAUUCUGAAAUUGAGCCAGCAACUGAAUCCAAGUUAGAACCCGAGAUAAAAGUCAAUAAAUCUGUUGAAAUUGAUUCUAGUGCCAAACAAUCUACUAUCAAACAAUAUACUAUCAAACAAUCCACUAGAGUAACUGAAAAUGAUAACGAAAUGGAAGUCGAUUCUGAUUACGAAAAUGUAUCCAAAGACGAAUUGAAUAAUGAAAAUAAGAAAACCCCUGAAGAUAGUAACAAUGUUAUUGAAUGUUCCAGACCUAAUGAUAAAACUGAAAAGCUAUUCCAACAUGAUAACGAUAGUAACACAUCAGUUGAUUCAAAUGCAUCAAAAAAGUCUCCAUUACUUCAAGACGUCGAUGUUGAUUUUGAAGAAUUUUAAAAUAUAUUGAUAUUAACAAUACAGUUUAUAUAUUGGUUUGAAUUUGGAUCAUGGUUUUAGUCUUUAAUUAAUUAAUUAGUUUUUCUUUUCAUUUUGGUUUUUUUGUGUUUUUC